AAUUUCAUUUCACGUUGAAGAGAAGAAAAUGACAUUGUGGUCCUCACAGAGACACUUGCUACUUUUCAAACGUCCACUUUCUUCUCAAUUUUGGCUUGCACACUGUUCUGUGCUAACUUACUUUGCAGAAAUGGAAAUCACUAAGCAGGAAGGGGGUAAGCGCAAGAAGGAAAUAAAUGAAGAAGAAAAAUAUGAAGACGAAGAUGAACAAGAAGAUGAUAACGAGAAGAAAAAAGCACAGAGUUACUCUGUCAGUAAAGAAGCCGGGGGAGGGUCAACGCAAGCUUGUUGUCAGGUCGAGUACUGCACGGCAGAUAUGGGUAAUGCCAAGUCAUACCACCGGAGGCACAAAGUAUGUGAAUUUCAUGCAAAGGCACCAGAUGCUCUGAUUGCUGGACUUCCGCAGCGUUUCUGUCAGCAAUGCAGCAGGUUCCACGAGCUGCCAGAGUUUGAUGAUUCCAAGAGGAGUUGCCGCAGGCAUUUGCUAGGCCAUAACCAACGUCGUCGCAAGGUCUCAUAUCAUUUCCAGGGAGAGGAGUGACAUGAAUAUAAUAGAACUAUCAACUACUAGCAGAUUAUCGAAGUCAACUAAACGACUCUCUCCAGUUUCACCUCUCCCAGUUCAGUUCAGAUAAUACCGUGAUCGCUCUCUAUCUUCUGUCAAUUCUCAAAUAAGUUCUUCCCUUCAGCUAUAUGGAAAUCAUUAUACCAGUGGUGCGCAUUAUAGUUCCCGUAAUAUUGGGAUCACUGGUAUGCUCUCUGUCUUCUGUCAAUCCUCAGACUCCUUCAAAACUUUUACCAUUUA